AUGGCCGACAGCUUCCAGAAGAGGCAGCUCGAGCGGCCAACGGCGCUGGUGGUACUCGUAGCGCUGCUCGGCGUCGCCGUGAGUCCAUGUGCCGGCUCCUGCUACUUCCCGUUCGAAUUCCAGGGUGGAUACGUGACGCAGAACACCGUCACGGCGGAGGGUGCGGUGCGGUACAGUCGGAUCAACAUCACCGAGAACGCGAUCCCGCUGUGGGGUAUGUGCCACAAGCGGCGCGACAACAACGUCAUCCUGAUGACCGGCACGGAGGAGGCAAGCUGCUAUCGGUGCUUCCACCUGAAGCUGGUCUCAAAGAACGUGCUCCGGGUGCUGGCCGCCGACCAGGACUACAUCUCCAAGUGUCACACGAACGAGGAGAAAGCGCUCGCCUCCUGUCUAACCGAGGACGACCUGCUGAACGAGGCGAAACAUACCGAAAUUAUUCUCUACAAAUACAACGAAUGGGAUGGCGCGGAAGUACGUCAAGAGUACUGCCCCAUCCACGGCCGGUACCGGAUGGCGUACAGUGUCGACAGCAGUGACAACGGCGACGGCAUCGAGUGCGACUCGGAUCAAUCCACGGUCGACAACUGUCCGUCCGGGGCGGCCCUCAAUCUGCGCUUUCGGAACUGUGCCUUCCCCGACCGGGAGGUAACGUUCGAGUGUCUCGGCCACUGGCAGGGCUCGGGAGGGCAGAACUACCUGGCGCUGCUCAGCACGGCCACCGAGGGAGCGCACCUCGGACCCAAGUAUCGCUGCGCCACCUACACGGAGAAUGCCCACACGGGGGAGAUCGAGAUCUCGUUCAGCCGCGACUCGACCUGCCGCUCGAUCGAACGCCAGUACGUACGCCAUCCGAACUCCCGGUACACCAAUGGGAACGGGAUUGGCAACGAGUACCACCACGAGGUGCUCUCAUUACGCCCGAUACCGCUCGAGUUCGGUCCCGUCACCCAGUACUGCAGCUUUCCCAGCUGGCUGAUCGGACGGUGGGAGCACGUGAUCGUGAGCCAGAAUCAGCUCAUCUACAAAGAUCACAACACCUUCAAGACGUACACGAUGAAGUGCGUCAAGAACUACACCAACCACGACUCCAACAAGUACAUCGUCUACAGCCAAACGCAAUGCGGCGAAGAGAUGUACCAGUGUCUAAAGGUCGAACGGCGCGAUACGAACGUGUUCGAGUUCCAGAUCAGUAACCGACAGUCGGCCAACUAUUCGGCGACGAUUUGCAACGACUUUUACUUUAGCGACGACCGGUGGUUGACGCAGGGCCGGCUCGGAAGCAACGAUAUUGUGUCGCCCUGUCCCAUUAUCGGGGAGUUUUCCGGCAUCAUCCCGGACGACGAGGGACUGUGCGCGAAGCUGUCUUCGGAAUGCGAGUCCCAGGACAUUAUGUACUACCAGAUCUCGGCCUGCGACUACACGAACGAGGUGUAUGAAGAGCGCGAAUACCGUUGCCUGGGACAGUGGACUCAUAGGAACAUCGUAUACACGUACACCCAGCGGCGAGACGUCGGGACGUACGAGUGUUUCGUCGGCACGAUGCACUCCGAUCGGCAGAUCUUCAUCAAGGAAGCGGGCGAACACUGCCAGCGGGAUGUUAAUCCGCACCGGUUCGGCAUGGAACUGAACAAGGUCGCACACUGCACCCCGCCGGAGGUGUUCAAAUCGUCCGCCCGGCCAACGCACAAGUACUCGGACGUGCUGCAGCCGACGCAACGGCCCGCCAACACGAUCAACAGCAACACGAACAACGACAUCGGUGGCCAUGGUGGCACCAACACGAACGGGCUCGGCGGCACCGGCGGCAAUCACCCGCACCAAAGUUCCUCGCCGUCGGUGGUAUCCAACUCGACGCCCGCGCCCUCCUCUGCAGGGGCCACCACCGGGCGAAGUAGCUCCGUGGCCACCGGCGGCAGCAGCAACAGUGGCGGAACUGACAGCGGCAGCAGCAGUAGCGGCAGCUAUCCGCCGUACAAGACUAAUUCCAAACACGAGCCGGCCUCGGUUAAACCGGGCACCGUCGGCUCAACGGCCGCAAAUGUACAGUCGCACUAUACCUAUUUAUUAUUGUUAGCAACAACGUUUAUCUGUGUUAUCCUAGGCCGUAAGAACAUUAGCUGUUAAACCAAUUACCAAUUGUACACACGACAGGGCAAGAAUA